UUGGACUGAAUAACUAUAACUGAAUAACUGAUUUCAAAGCAGACGUCAUGGCACAGGAGAUAUGCGUUUUUCUCUUUUCCCUGACGGCUCUUGGUGUCCUUUACACUAUGAACAAUGUUCCAGCAUUUCAAGAGCCAGUGGUUAUUCUGGAAAUCGGGGUGGCUGUUCUUGUGGCAGUGUUCUUCAUGGUCUACCUUGCUACUCGCUACAAUCCUCCUAAAGAUCCUUUGUUCUAUGUUUUUGCAGAGUUUUCCUUCACGUGUGUCAUUGACCUCACGAGCGCUCUAGAAUACGAUGGCUUUGCCUCAGGAUUCAUGGAGUUCUACCAGAAAACGGGGGAGCCGUAUCUUGGUACACCCUAUGCUAUCAUGAUGUGCUAUUGGGAUGGUGUAGUGCACUUCAUCAUCUACCUGAUACUGGUACACCGCAUGUCAAACAGGCAACAAUAUCGCACUUUGGGCCUUCUUUGGGCUGGAUCACUGUGCGGCAACAUGAUUGUGUUUGUACCUGGAAUCGUAGUUGGUAAAUAUGGCUCAGAGAUCCGCCCUGCCUUCUGGCUCAACAUGCCUUUUCUGUUGGUGCCCAUAUGGGGAGCAGUGUCCCUGUUCUCCAGGCCAAGGGAUAUGCCUCUUGUGGGUGCAUCCAAGGCUGAACGUGAGCAGAAAAAAGCCUUAAUAUGGCGCCCCCUGGACCUGCUCUUUGUGGUUUAUCUAGUGGCUGCCAUGGGAUUCACUGUCUUUAGAGGACUGGCAGUUCUUGAUUGCCCACUGGAAAUCCUCAACAGAUAUGUCACAGAAUAUGAACCUUAUCUGAAGGAUCCCGUGGGCUUCCCCAAAGUUAUGAUGUUGCUGCUCCUAUUCCAUGCGCUCCCGAUGCUAGGUUCAUUUGCAUAUGGGCUGUGCACACCUGGCUGCACUUGGAUGCUCGAUUGGACGGUAUAUUUAGCAGGUGCCAUUUUACAGUGCCAGUGGUCUCAUAUCGGCGCGUCUCUGCACCCACGCACUGCAGAAAUGUACAGGAUUCCCAGCACGGCCCUGGUGCCAGUCCUCCUCCUCAACCUGCUGUAUGCAGUCGGUCCUCUUCUGCUCGCCCUGCGCUGCAAACGCGAGCCGGACUACUUCCUUUCCAUCGCACCUGUGGGCCAAACUAACAGUGAGAAGAAAUCAAGUUAAACCCACUGAGAAAACAUCAACUUUAAAGGGAUAGUUCACACAAAUAUUGAAGUUCUGUCAUCAUUUACUCACAUAGGUGAACUAUUCCUUUAAAAAACAUACAUGUCAAAACAGAUUAUUCUCUUCUCUGUUAUAAAAAUCUGAUGCGUUUCUUUAUUCCAGUGCUUUUUCCUAGUUCUAGCUUUCUGUUCCACUUCCACACAAAUAUCGUAACUUCUUUCUUGAAUAAUUGGCUGGUCUCAUAGGUAAUAAACAAUUAUCCUAUAAACCA